GGGCCGCUGAUCAUCCUCCCUUUAGGCUGGACCCCCGGCGCGGCACCUCGGUCCCCGUUCCGACCGAGGCCUGCGGCGGCUUUGCCCAUGAAGAUGAACUGGACAGCUGCAACAUGCUGGGCUUUGCUGCUGACAGUGGCCUUCCUCUGUGACAGCAGCUCGGCCAAGGGCGGGCGUGGAGGGGCCCGGGGCAGCGCCCGUGGAGGGCUGCGUGGUGGUGCUCGUGGGGCCUCAAGGGUGCGGGUGAGGCCCGCACCUCGCUACAGUGCUGCAGGCUCGUCUUUGCGUGUGGCAGCCGCAGGGGCAGCGGCAGGAGCAGCAGCAGGAGCGGCCACAGGUCUGGUGGCAAGCUCUGGCUGGAGAAGGUCCACAGGGCCUGGUGAACAAGGCCUGGAGGAUGACGAGGGCGGGCUGUCUGAUGGCAAUGGGACCAGCAGGGGCGUCUACAGCUACUGGACCUGGACUUCGGGUGCUGGGCCCUCACAGGGCAUGCCCCUCUGCUUGCUAAUAGGCAGCACCCUUGGCACCCUGGAGCUGCAGUGGCCAUAGGCCUGGCUUGGCUAGGGGUCAGACCCAGCCCCUAGCCUGCACCAUCCCUGCAGGCCCCUCAGGUCCACCCCUGAGGCUGCUAGCCUGAAUGCCCCCUCUUUGUUGCUCAUUGCCCAUGAGUCUUAAGGCUACCUGGGUGAUUGUCCAGGGGACAGUAGCUGCAGCCUCCCCUACCUGUGGACACAGUCCACCCUCCUGCCCCAGCUUGUCUCAACCUGUCCAUCUCCCACCCCACCCGCUGACAAGGUUCCCAGCACCCAGAGACUGGCAGCCUGCUACUCUGUACUGUACAGGUUGCUCUCUACAGCACCACCUACAGGGAGGUACCAAAACCACGCAUUCGGGCCACUCACGCCCACGGCCUACACUGGAUAUCAUGAUGUGGACAAUGCUGACCAUAGGCAGAGGCCAACUUCAGGUGGGCCUGGUUCUGCCACUGAGGAUUCAUGGCCAAGGGCCUCCCACAGAAGCAGCUGGGAUGACCAAAGGAUCUCAGGACUCGGAGAAAAGGACAGUACUCUCAGGCUUCAAUGUGGGAACCGUCAGGUGCUAACCACCUGCCCAGUGCAGGUCCUGAAAACUUUCUACAGCCCAGGAAUGUUGCAAGCAGGAAAGCCAGCCAUCCCAGGACUGCCUAAUGUGGUUCUCAUGACUUCUGGACAUGUCCUGUAAAGUCACCACAUCCUCCUCUUCCUGGAAGACUCCCCAGGAGACCCUCAACUCUUAGGACUGGCAGGCAAGCGGAGAUUCACAAGCAUUCCAAUCUUUUCAAAUUUAGGUGCACAUCUGAGGCUCAAAGGGAAAGCAACUGCCAGCUGCCACUAGAGAGCCCCCACUGUGCACAGGCCAAGCUACAACAGCCUCACCUUUCUGGUGGGCAGCAGCCAUUUCCCAAUGGCUAGAUGUUACCUCGGAAACAUCGGUGAGGGUGUGGUGCUAGUGGCAGCUGAUGUUCUGCUCAACAAACUGAGGCAACAGUUCAUCAGACUCAUGGCCUGUGGAUCCUUGAAGGCUGCCACAGGGAUGGGGGCAGCCCCAGUAGGUACAGCUAGGUAUCUCAGCAAGCCUGCGCUCCCUCCAAGACUACCUAGGGCAGUCUGGUACUCAAGGAAAUCCUGACACCCAGAACAGCUUCAAGGGGACACUAGGCAGUCCUGAAAAUGGUUUGCCAUUAGCUCUCACACCCUUCAAGCAUAGACUGGCCCCUCGUUUCUCCAGGGAUCAGCAACCAAGUGCUUAUGAACCCAGCUCAGGGGCUGCUGGUUCUGCCAAGUUCUCUAGCUCUGAUGAUACAACCAACUACCCAGGCUAUAGACUUUUUCCAGAAUUUGGUGCCCCUCAAUGCUCUUUUGAGACUCACCUGCAGCUGGACUGCCCUGGAGCCCAACCUUGGGCCCUGGAUCAAGAAACAUAUGCACCCAACAGAGGCACAACGCCGAGGCCAGCACUUCCCCAGCUGCCACAUGGCCAUGGGUUACCCUGGUUAGGGUGCAGGCUUUAAGGCCAUUGGGAAACCCGUGGGCCAAGCUUUUAGACUGGGGGAGCAGUAAGUCCUAAGACACGGCCCCUUGCAGCCUCUUGCCCACACUGCCAUUGUUCUCAGGGCAGCCCAAUGCUUUCGUCCUGUCCAGACCAAGCCCAGCAUGCCAUGGUCUAACCUGCCUGCAGGCCUCAAAGGCAGAUGAGACACCUUUUACUUUGAGUCUCAAAGACCCAUCAAAGCCCGCUGGCUUCUCUCUCACCAGAUGGACUACACUGGACCAGACUCUCUCGUAUCACAGAACACCGGAGCCUCAUCAUGUUUCAGACCUCAUGGAAACAUCCCUCUACAAUGCUUAUGUUGCACAGGAACCUGACUUCUUGUGUGUGCUGCAUUUGGCGCAACCACAAAUCUUUCCACAGCUCAUUGGCCAUGAGGGCCAGCAGGAAGCAGAGUGCUGAGGGGGUAAUCUCAGGGCAGGCCAGUCACACAUGGAGACUUUAUCAGAAGGCACCAGUGAAGGAACAGCUCCUCACAGCAAGAGGGCUAACCAAGCACUGUGGCCCCGGCAACACUCGGGCAGCUAUGAGGUCAGGCUACCACUGGACAGAGGACCCUGGAGGUACUGACCAGGUCCAAUCCCUCCAGCCCAACAGCACCUCUUGUCUGCUCCAAUCUAACCCUCUCUCUAGAAGGCAGCUGCAACAGCAACACUGGAACCUGCAGGGGUUAACAAUGACCAUGAUGCCAGGACAGGCCCUUGGCACCUCCUCUGGGCUCCUCUGAAGCUGAGUGCGACUGUCCAGUUGGCCAGGAGGUGCUUUCCACGCUGCAGCCUUCCGAUUUACCCACAGCUGAGCUGUGACCCAGCAGCCUGCCAAGAAUCAAGGACCCUAGAGCACUGGGGACACAGGCAGUCUCUGGGCUCCACUACUCCCAACCCCUUGUCUGUUUGUACACACAUCUUAUAGUGACUGUGAAAUAAACCUGUACUGGCAGCAGGACUUUCCUCAUUGCAGGGUUGUAGGGCAGCCGAGAGCCCUACUUCCUACCCUGCCCAUUCCCAGCCUCCAGUGGUGAGAGGGGCUUUUAAUAUGUGGGCCUAAGGUACUGAGUAUACAAAUAAAAGGGCCAACAAGAAAUGGGACUCUUCAUUUUUUUGUUAAUUUUGUUUGAGACAAGGUCUCUCCAUGUAGUUCAGGCUGGCCUUGUUUUCACUAUGAGCCCAGGCUCAUAGUAUAGUGAGACUCACAGCAAUGGGGUACCUCAUAGCAACACUCCUGCCUCAGCCUCCCAAUUGCUGAGAUUACAGGUAUGUGCCACCACACCUGGCUAUUUUAAUCUUAAUU